UCAAAGGAACCUUUCACCUAAAUGCACUUGAAAAGCUUGUAAACGUUGCACGAUAAAUCUGUUGAAGGUUUUGGAUGCUACAGUGUGCUGAGGUAAAUUCUGAGGAGUAGUUGCAGCUUAUCAGGUUAUCAAUGAAGAUGCAUCAAUCCACCCUUCUCGGUUUGUUUGUUCUGUUAUCUGCUCUAUCAGGAUCCUAUUGUGGUAAAGUUCUGGUCGUCCCUGCGGAUGGGAGCCACUGGAUCAAUAUGAAGGUCCUUAUUGUGGAGUUACAUUCAAAAGGUCACAAUAUCACAGUGGUCCGAGGUUCUAGUAGCUGGUACAUUGAAGAGGAGUCUCCUUACUACACUUCCAUUACUGUCGACACUGGUGAAUUUGACAGUGACUUUUGGAUGAUGUUGCUUCCCCGGUUACUGCAAAUCAAGAGACACGGAAAAUCAUUUUGGUCUGAAAUAGAAAUUGCGCAGGAGAUUUUUAGCAGGUUUUCAGGAGUUCAUCGGCAAGUAUGCAAUAUGACAGCCAUGAUAUUCGAAAAUGAGAUCUUGAUGAACUCACUGGAGAAUAAUAAAUAUGACCUUGUUCUCACUGAUCCUGCUUUUGGAGGUGGAGUGUUACUGUCACACCGUCUUGGCCUCCCUCUUGUGCUAAAUGUCCGCUGGACUAUGUACGGUGAAGGUCACUUUGUUGUAGCUCCAUCUCCUCUCUCAUAUAUACCUAUUCCAGCAUUACAACUAACAGACAAAAUGACAUUCAGUCAAAGAGUCAUGAAUGUGAUGGUUUAUCUGAUUUUUAUCUAUCAAAAUCCAAAAUUCUUUGGUUGUCAUUACCAGGAGUUCUCCCAGAAGUAUUUUGGGCCUAAUGUUGAUUUUUUCUCCCUCCUCCAGGAUGCAGACAUCUGGCUCAUGAGAAACGAUUUCACUUUUGAGUUUCCACGACCCACAAUGCCAAAUGUUGUCUAUAUGGGCGGCUUUCAGUGCAAACCCGCUAAGCCUCUUCCAGAUGACCUUGAGAAGUUUGUGCAGAGCUCUGGAGAGCAUGGGGUCAUCAUAAUGUCUUUAGGAAGUGUUUUUGGUCAGCUUCUGAGUGAAAUCAAUGAUGAGAUUGCUGCAGCUUUUGCUCAGUUGCCUCAGAAGGUUAUUUGGAGACACACAGGUCCACGACCUGCCAAUCUUGGUAACAAUACUCUGAUUGUGAACUGGCUCCCCCAGAAUGACCUGCUUGGACAUCCACAGACCAAACUGUUUGUAGCACAUGGAGGCACCAAUGGAGUUCAGGAAGCCAUCUACCAUGGAGUGCCUAUUGUGGGCCUUCCUAUAUCAUUUGAUCAACCUGACAAUCUCUCCAGGAUGCAAGCAAAAGGAACAGCAAAAAUUGUAGAUAUUGCAACUUUGGACAGGACUGUGUUUCUAGAGGCAUUAAAGGAGAUUUUGCAUAACCCAUCUUACAAGGAGAACAUGCAGAGAUGGUCGAAACUGCACCAUGACCAGCCAAUGAAACCUCUUGAUCGCGCUGUCUUCUGGAUUGAGUUUGUCAUGAGGAAUAGAGGAGCUCCUCACUUACGAACACAGGCUUACCGAAUGUCCUGGAUUGAGUACAACUCUAUAGAUGUUAUUUUGUCCCUAUUAGCAAUUGUGUUGUUAGUGCCACUUAUUAUUACCUUUAUCAUUAAGCUGGUUUGGUACAAGGGAUUUUAUAAAAACAAUACUAAAAAUUAGUUAUCAGAUCUAUAUAUUUUUUCAUUAUAUAGUUGAUUUUGGUUUUAUAAACAGCAUUUCCUUGAGUGUAUAUUAAAACAUAAAUAUAUAAAUAUAAUUGUUCAUUUUUUCAUUAAUUUUCGUUUUAUAGAGAUUUUGGUUUUCUUUUGCAAUUAUGUUAUCGUUUUAUGUAAUUGGACCAGCUAAAUAUGCAUUCAUUUUUGGUUAUAGUGUCUAAUUUGUAAAGUGCUUCGAUCGGUGUGUGGUGGAGAAAA